UGCACUUCGUGGCCGACAGCAGCUGAGGGAAGUUUCUCUCCUUUGUCCCGCGCUUUUGGAGAGAUAAGGACCUUUUGUCGUACCACGUGAAAGGAGGAUGAAUCUGAAAUCCGAAGCUGCUGCACUGCGGUUCCUGCUAGCGGCACUGGUCCUUGGGCUGGCGUCCUGCGACACGCCGAGCAACGACAACGAGUCCCUGUCGAGCAGCAGCAGGGAGCCACGGAAGUACCUCGAGGUCGACGAUCUCAACGCGUUCGAGUCACCAGCGACGAGACUCGUGGCCAGCCACGGCGGGGACAGCGAGGAGGCGGUGUUUGGUCACCUCUCGAAGAGCGGUUGGCCCAAAAAAGUCGUCAGAAGGGAGGCGCUCGUUCCGAAGAAUAAUGCAACCGCACAGGGUAGGACGGCCAGGCAGAGCCCGAAGAAACAGAGGCCCGGGUUUCUCUGGACCAUCGCCAGGGUCACCUAUGAGACGUUCAACGAUACGCGCUCGGCCAUCAAGCAGAUAGGCCAGAUAAUAAACGAGAGCAUAGCGCCCGACCCGCCGAAGAAGAAGGCGAGCCUGAAGAAGCCGAUAACCAGCGCCAAAGCGGCUGGGGGUAAGAAACCGAGCAACGCGGAUGUGGUGGCUACGACUCAGCCGACGACGACCACCACCGAGGAGUUCAAGCUGACCAGGCCUUUGCUCCAGAGUCUCGUACGGCGCAACGUUUUGGGCCUCGUGAGGCUCUUCAACAUCGAGUGGCGCGACGCCAUCAGUGAAUCGAAGAACAGCGUAAGGGAAUUUCGAAGCGAUCUCGGGAAACAAAUAGGCAUGUUCCUCCAAGACAAUCCGAACAACUAUUGAUGACAACGACGCCGACGACAAUGCGGAUGUUACUUGCUGUCGAUGAUCUCCCCAUCGUCAUUCGAAAGUCUUUCGCGUGUACAUAAGGAUUCGGAAUGUCAUAGAGUGCACAGCUUCUCGUGGAUAUUGCCAAAGAACACUCUCACACACAGAAAUGGAUUGCGCGACGUGUUCUCUCUCUCUCUUGGAAACGAAGUGUAUACCUACUAACGCGAAUCUCUGUUUUUGUUUUUUUCAAGUGUACCGUACCAAUACUGUUACGAGAUGUGUAUAUUUUCUUUUUUUUAUGCUAGAUUGUAAGUUUAUUAUGUUGUGGUGUGGCUGCCAUGUGUAUACGCCAUUCGCUCUCCGGACAUUGUUCCCAUUGUUCCAAAUAAACUUUGCCUGUGAACGCGGUGUACGUAGAUUGUAAUGUAAAUAUCUUCUUUCUUUCUUUUUUGAUGUACGAGUAAAUUUGGAGAAUGUGGUUAGUAUGUAGCUCGUUGAUCGCAAAAAAAGGACAUUUCUGUUAUAAAUUUGUAAAAAAAAAAAAAAAAAAAAAAACCUUUCAAUUUGUAUUCGUACAGACGAGUGUGUGCGAAUGGUGUUUUCGCUGUGAUUCUUUUCGAGCGCGUGUCAGUCGACGAAUGAGGGUACACGUCGAGGACACGAGUUUCGAUGCGAAACGACGGGCGCACUGUAUAUACAUGACUCUUUGAAAAACAUAUCAAGUUGGGUUUAAGUGUACUUACACGCUGACGCAGAAUCAAUUUCUUUUUGUGAAAGUCGACUGCUCACGGGCUCGCUCGAAGUUACGCACUUUUCCGAAAUAACAUGUAAAACACGUAUUUUUGUACUACAAUGCAUACAUGUAUUUUUACUUUUUACUCUGUUUUUACUCUAACAAUUGUAUGUACGCGAGAUUGGGAUGUUCUCCAGAAAACACACCAGAGAAAAUAAUUUUUACCCUUUAUUGAUAAGUAAUCGAGGUGGAAAAAAAAUAAAUUAUUGUAAAAUCGA